GCUUUUGCCGCGCUCAAAAGACCGCGAUGACGGACCCAUGAGUGGCCCUUGAUCCGCUGCCGUUCCACGAGGCCUCCGCACGCAGAUGGUUUCUGUGCGGGCCAAGCCUCAAGCUCGCUGGAGAGUCGCUUGGGCGUUGGGACAGGUCGCAUGCGUAGAAAUUCUGCGUCGCUCGGGUCCUGUCCCAUGGGAGCCCACCGUCCCGAUGCUUCGAUUCCACGUUGCGCGUGCUCCCGGGGAAGCUUUCGACUCAGCUUCUGUUUGGUUCGGCAGCCGACUUCAGCUGGCGCACUCCAUGAGCCUCAUGCCGGACUCGGCCAUGCCUCACACGCCCUAGGCAGAUGCUUGCCUGGGGCGAGAGGAACGACCCGUAUCUCUUCAAGCUCUUCUGUGAGCGAAAGGUGCUGUCCUACUUCGCGGGAGCACUACUCACCUCCCGGACUGCGCCGUCGGUGCGGCUCCAGCUCCUGGUGCAUACUUGUCCAGAACGCCCGCCGGGAAGCAUCGUUUUGCUGCUUGCUGAGCGACAGCGAAUGGAACGAGCUUCUGACGGGCCAGCCGGAGCUUCCGAACGAGGAAUGCUUUGGCCUGGCCCUGCGGGUGGACAACGGGACGGCUCCUUUGCUGCUCACGCACCAUCCAGUCCAGGAGCCUGGCCUUGGGGAGGCACGGUCCAAGUGCAUCUUCCCCCUCUUCCAGCAGGAGCCACUUUUAUGGCGACCCACAAGGAUCACAUGGUGCGAACCUCCGCCAGAACGGCCUAUCUCUGUGGCGCAUGCCCAACUUAUUCCACGACUGGCCGACAGUUUGCGUGCUUCCUGGGCCUUCAUGACUCUCGCGGUGCAGCGUGGAGACGCGUACUCCUUCCCCCGCUUUGGAGCUCGAGGACACCUUGGCGCACAUCGGCGAGCUGCUGCAGCUCAGGAUGCCCGAGCUCACGGAGGCAAUGACCACCCAGAGCAAGACGCUCUGGCGCGCAUGAGCUUCGCGGGACGGGCGUUUAAGUUUAAGCUGCUCUGGUAGACGGUGUCUGCUAGGAAGCUUUUGUUGGCGGCACUGCUUGGCUAGAUCCCUG